AUGGGGGAAUUGAGGGCAAAAUGCAAGUACUGCCCCAAAGACUUAGCUUGCCCUUCUAAUUAUGGGACUUCCAACCUUUGGGGACAUUUGCUUAACAAGUGUGAGAAAUACCCUUUUAAGACCAUUGAUAGGAAGCAGACAACACUCAAUAUUAAACCUAUUAAAGGAGGGGGACAGGGAGAUCAUAAGGGUGAGACAAUUGCAAAAGGAAUUGAAGCUUAUUUGUUAGAUUGGGAGAUCGAGAACAAAUUCACGGUGACACUAGAUAAGGCAUCAGCUAAUGAUGCUAUAAUCUGGUACUUGAAAGGGAGAAUUAAUGAUUGGAAUGGUGUCAUCUUGGGAAAUGAUUUUUUACACGUUCAGUGUAAUGCUCAUAUCUUGAAUUUGAUUGUAAAAGAAGAAUUGAGUGAACAAAAUGAUUCCAUUUCUCGGGUAAAACUAGACACCCAUGGCCUUUUGAGUUUGGAUGUUGAGACGAGGUGGAACUCUACAUACUUGAUGUUAAAUACAGCUGUACAAUUUGAAAAAGCCUUUUCAAGAAUGUAUAUUGAUGAUCAUAAGUACUUUAACUAUUGUCUUGAAUUGAGUGGAACGGUCGUGCAUCCAUCUUCGGAAGAUUGGAAGAAUGUGAAAGUCUUUCUCAAGUUUCUUGAGAUUUUCUAUAAAACCACUUUGAAGUUUUUGAGUACUUUGCAUGUUACUUCAAAUUUUUUCUUCCAUGAGCUUUUUAAUCUUCAAAGCAUAAUUGUCCAGUAUUCGAAUUGUAGUGAUUCAAUUUUGACUGAUAUGGCUAGGAAGAUGAAAAUUAAGUUUGAUAAAUAUUGGGGUGAUUUUGAGGAUAUUAACAUAUUGUUAUUUUUUGCCGUUGUGUUGGAUCCUCGCUAA